CCUGGCACGGCGGCGGCUUGUCCUACCUUCCCCCUCCUCCUUCUGCAAGAUAGAACUCCAUGAAUCCUAGUAAUGGUUGUAAUAGCCUUCCAUCGCUACUCUUACAAAAGACAUGGAUUCCUCCUCAAGGGUUUGUCAAAUUGAAUGUUGAUGGGGCUCUGUCCAGGGACAACCAGUCAGGUUCAGUUUGUGCGAUAUGUCGUGAUGAUUCAGUUGUCUCUGAUAUAAACGGUGGUACACUUGGAGUUAUCAGUAUGGUGGUAGCAUUCCAGAAAACACAAGUCAACAAAUGUUGGAAGACGUCCCACCAAUCUACUAGUGCCUUUUCCGACACGGCAUGGAGUACUGGUUGGUGUGACUAUCGGAAGAUCCAUCAUCAAGAUGGUGACGGGAGCACCGUUUCAUGUCCGGGCGAAAACUCUUGUCCUAGCAUUUAUUGAUCGGGCUUAACAAUGACGAACUUGUAUCAUCUUCUUGUUGAAUGCAUUAUCUACUUGUUGUGCUGGUGUUCACUGGUUGGUAUCGACAACUAGGAUGCAAGAUUCCUUGUCUAGGUCAUAUCCAAACGUGGAUACAGUGAGGCGAGGGCGUUUAUUCCUUCUUGGAGUUGUUGUUGUGGAAGAAAUCAGACUUAAUAGUUGGC